UUCUGAGUUUUUGUUUGAAAAUUAAUUUCUUUAAUCGCAGCUAAGUUUGCAACUCAUGCUGGGUGUGCAAGAUAAAUUUAAUCUGCUCGAAACAAAUUUUUUUUUAUGUUCUUAUUGCAUAUUUAAUAUUCAAAUCAAGUAAUCACGAAUACAAUUGUAUUUAUAAAACCUUCUUUAAUUCAUAAUAUAUAAAAGUUGCCGGUCUCUUCUUAUCUCAGUUUGAAUCUAGUAGCACACGAAACAACAUGAAUCAUCAAAUACGUUUCAAGAGUUUAUUUUUCAUCCUGUAUUUCGCCUUUCCUGGGUGGCCGUUUUUAGGGUUGUGCAUAGGGGAUUCUGCAAUGAACGCCUCAACGAUUCAAAACAUUCUGACAAAAGGAAGAAACUUGUGGGGGAGGGAAUUUUCUUAUGUUGUUUCAAUACGUAAAAAUGGAAUAUAUAAUUGUGGCGGAGCUAUUAUAGAUGAGUGGACAAUUUUAACUGCAGCCCACUGUGUUGAUAGAAGUAUAAAGGCAAAUGUAAUUAGGCAAUUAACUGUCGUAACUGGAACAGAUCAGAUGUAUCAGGGUGGAACGAUUCAUAAAGUUUGCCGAGGUACAUUCUACCCUGGAUACGAACGCGAUAAAGUUGGUUCUAAGCCAGAUGACAUUGCAGUAAUCACGUUAUGUAAGCCGAUAAUUUUCAAUAAGUACCAAAAUAAAAUUAAUUUGCCCAGUUCGGACUUCAUUGACAAUACAACAGCUGUGGUUGCAGGAUGGGGGUAUGAAAAUUACGAAGAAAAAGAAUUGAGUUGUUCUAUUCAAAAAUUUACUCCAAAAAUUGUGCACAGUGAUUAUUGCAGGCCUUACGGGUAUUACAAACUGAAUAAAGGACAUUUAUGCGCCAUUCAUAAAGCUACACAAGGUCCAUGUAGAGUAAGGUAUAAGUGGAAGUCCAUUAGUUGUAAAAAGAGAAAUAAUAGGCAUAGUUUCCUGGGGUCCUCCACGUUGCAGUACAGGAGAUCCAGAAGUUUACACAAAUGUUUUUCAAUAUUUAGAUUUUAUCACACUUGUUAAAAAUAAUUUAGUUUUUUAUUAAGUAAUGUGUUCUAAGUUAAAAAUUUUAGAUAUGUAAUUUUCUUAGGAAUGAAACUAUUUAUAUGUUCCUGAAAUAAACAUAAAUCGUGUAUGACAAUUACAAAUACCAAAAAUUAAAGGCUUUCUUUUUAGUAAUUUGAUGUAAAUAAGUUGAGUUAUUAAUUUUUUAAAUUUAGUAGUUUUCUGCAGCAUCUUAGGCUACGCAGUAAAGAAAGAGUGUCCAUAAGGCCGUUUUUGAACACAGAGUAAAAUCGAUUAUCAUUAUGAAGAAUGUCAUCUCUUUACUAUACCUGACAAUCCCUCAAAAUCGUUUUUCGAUUUGCGAAGUACUAUUUUAAAAAAAUACAUACGCGAUAUUGUUUUCGCCAAUUUUUCUGAAUAGUCUGAAAAUGUAAAACUCUUAUUUUCGCAUAUUUUCUUCAAUAUAUGUAUGUGUGCAAAGUUUUUGGAAAAUUAUGGUAACCUGAGUUCUUCAGUAACUCAAUAAAAUUACUAUUAUUCGUUGAGAUUUACAAAAUCCUGUGUAUUUUUUAAUUAUUUAAAUUAAGUUAUUUUGAAUACUACUUGACAAAUCAAAAAACCCUUUUGUGGGAAUGUCAGACAUACUACAGAGAUUAAAUUUUUCAUAAUAAUAAUAAUCGAUUAUAUGCUUGGGCGCAAAAAACGGUCUUAUUUUGACACUCAUCCUAUUAUUCAUCUUUUAACCGCGUAGGUUUUAAAACAUGUAUAAAAAUAUACAUCAUUUUAUAUAAGAAAAAUGUUGUUCAAUUAAUUUAAUAAUAUUCUUUAAUAUUUGUUAGUUUUAAUAUAAGUUUGACGUAAGGUGUUAGAAAGCUUACUUGAAACGUAACAUCAAAAUCACUGAUUAAAAUCACCACAAUCUUAACCUUAGCUUAUACCAGAACUUUUUUAACCUCGUGGAAAAAUGUAUAUUUGAAUUGUAAAUAACGUAUAAGAUGUUAAUCAAGGAAAACGCGUUGUGAAAGAUUUAGUUGGAGUGUAUAAAGAUUCAGGAAGAAAUGUUACAACCGACAACUUCUUCACAAGACUUCCACUGCUAUGGAACUUUUCCGUGGGGCAUGUCGAUCGUGGGCACAAUAAAAAAAGGCAGGGUUGCACAGUUACGCGUAACUCAGGGUUUUUUACAUUCGUAAAAUACGUAUAAUACUCCUCACCAUAAAAAAAUGCAUUGUAUUUGAAAAAUUUAAGGUAAUUUACAUAUGUAAUAUACGUAAAAAACUCUAUGUUAUUUACCUGAGGUAAAUUACAUACGCAACCCUUAUAAAAGGUUUGUUUGUCCUAAUGGCUUUUUAAUAAUAUUAAGUCUUUAUUUUUAGGGGUAGUUUACCCCCUUAAAAUUUUUUUUAUUAAAAACGC